CAUCCUCAUUUCUCAUAGCAAGCUUGCUGCCAGGACAGCCGUGACUGCACACAACUGCUAGGUCCUGGGCUGCCCAUUCACGUCCAGCUGGGCACAUGCAGCUUAUUUUACAACAUUUAAUUGCUAAAAAAUUGGUAAUCUUAAUCUGAAAAGGAUAAAUUUUAACAAACACAAGUUCCUAGCUCCCUGAGCAUUGCUACUUUGCCUGAAGUGCAGUUGCCUGGCAGAAAGUGAACUUUAGUGCCUACAGUCAUGUGAACUUUAAUGCAUUCAUGCUUAAUACAGAACUUGAAACUUAUACUGUGGAUGUUGCAAAUUAUGUACUUCACUGAGCAGAUGGCAGCAUUUUUCUGUAAAAUCUACACUGCAGUGGGAGCAGAUACGUAUAUUCUAGUAGCCCUAAGAAAGAAUAUAUGCAUACAUAAAUUUAACUUCAUUCCUUCAGAACACAGUCAAUACAAAAAAAAAAAAAAGUAAUGCAUACCUUCUUUCCAACCUCACUGACAACAGAGAAGUCACAUCUCAUUUUUCAUUUUUACCUUGGUUUAACUUUCCUCCACUGAAUCUCACUACUGAACCUGAAGUCUGAGGAAAUUGUGGUGCCAUUGAUCACACUACCCAAAUUCUUGGCCAUCAUUAAUUGCUCUAAACUUUGUGGGGCUCUUUUUGGUUGCUUUGAUCACUUUAUUUGCUUGAUUUUAGAAAAUUUGUAACAACAAAAGUUGUGGAGACAACAGGUAAAGAGGAUUCUGAAUGCUAUCCCUUAUCCUCUUUUCAGCGGUAGGAAGUUACCCCAUGCUUCUCACACACCCUGUUCUCCAGCUUUAUUUCCCUGCCUAGCAAAGCAGAUGCUGCUGCAACAUAACUAAAGUUACCAUUCUGUGAUACUGUAUUUUUUUCUAAUUCCUGUACUCAAGGGAAGGAAAAAUUAAGUGACAAAUUUGAUUUCCCACUUGACAAAAAUGUAUCAAAAAUACGUAACUUAUAGAAGUAGUUCCUCUUUACGCUUGGAAAGAAAUCUGGGUUAGACUUUCUUAAAGAUUUCCUUUAAGUAGACAAUAGUUUCAUACAAAGCUGUAGCAUUAAAGUUCUUCCUCUUCCUUAUAACAAUUGCCAUGACAACACACAGAAAAAUGUACAUCUUGAGCUGACAGACCAAGUAACAUUGCUUUCUCAUUUCAGAUAUACAGAAGCAUAUUCCAUGCUACCAGCUGUUCAGCUUUUAUAAUUCUGCAGGAGAACUGAAUGAACCAGCCCUGAGGAAAAUACUGUCAGGCUAGUGUAAUAGGAUGGUACAAAUUCAGACGCAACACAGACCAGGUCAUGACAUUCCGGGAAAGACUUCUACAUAAGAACUUGCAGUCACACCUAUCAAACCAAGGCCUUGUAUUCCUUCUCUUAACUUCUAGUGUGAUGACAGAAAGCUGUUCAACUUAUAGGCUAGAACAUGCCUUACACCGGCCACAAGAAGGUCUCUUUCAGAAAGUUCCUCUAGUCGUUACCAACUUGGGUAUGGCAGAACAGCAAGGUUACAGAACAGUUUCUGGUUCCUGCGCAUCUUCUCGCUUUGUGAGAGCAGUAAGACAACACAGGUCAGAAUUCUUUUAUGAAGAUGGAUCCUUACAGGAGGUUCACAAGAUAAAUGAGAUGUAUGCCACCUUGCAGGAGGAGCUGAAGAAAAUAUGCUCUGAUGUAGAAGUCAGUGAACGAUCUGUAGAGAAACUCCUAACAGAGGUGAGCCACUUAAAAGAAGAAAUCAACAGAAAAAAGCAACACAAGAUCUCUUCAGGAGGGAACAAAGAUCACCUAGAAGAACCAAAGGAGAAUGUUUUGCUUUGUCAGGCACUGAAAACAUUUUUCCCCAAUUCUGGACUUCAGACAUGUAUUGUUUCCUUCGAAGGAAGGAUCUCUAAGAACUGUUGUAAGAUUGACCAUAAUAUUAACAUCAUGGACAAAUUGACUCUCAUGGUAGAGGAAGGGGACUUCACUGAAGCUGAAACAAAACCAGUAACCAAGCGUAAAGUCAAAGACACCACAACAGGACCAAAAUCAUUUAAGAAAUUAAGAUCGCUGCAACUUGACCAAGAAUUACACCAAGAUGAAGACAACAGCAACCAAGAAACAAAGCUUGCACUGAGUAGCACUGAAACAGACGAGGAAGCAUUGGAAAAUCCCAAAGAUACAAAUGAAUAUUCAUACUCUCCCACUUUCUGAUCACUUAAUGAUUUGCCCCAAUAUAUUUGUACAAAUAGCAAUUGCCAGCAUAUUAAAGUGACAUAAAUUACUGCACUAGUGGGAUGGAAACAGCUUACUGAGUUUUUGUAAAGUACAGAGAUGUAUUUUUAAAUACUCCAAUCCUGUUUGGCCCAAGUCAAGCAGAGUCUAAAUGACAUUCCUUAAUUUUGCCUUGCAGAGUCAAGUCUGUAUACUCUAUCUCAGGGUUUUAAAACUAUGCUAGCACUAUGCUAGCAUUCCAAUAAUCUCACUUGAUGCCUCAGUGAUAGAACUUCAAGCUCCUACUGAAGAUUUCAGGACCACUCCAACAAUGAGCAUCUCCUCAGCAGGUGAUGUGCAGAACAUCAAAUCGGAUGUAUCUUAGGAAUAGCUGUUUAUAUAUAACAAAGUUUUUAAUAUUUUUACUUAUCCUUAGCUAUCUCAUACUUAAUUGUCUCUUUCUGAAAUGGAAGGGAAAAAGUGAUCUUCAGCAAGACCUCUGGAUAAGUUUAGUGGUCUGUACGUCUAGGGGGAAGAACAUUAACAACAAAUCAGUUCACUCCUUACACUCCCCAAGGGUAAACAGUCUAGAAUGAUAAUCCUCUCAACUCAGUAUCUAUCCUAAGGGGUGCACUGGUAUUCUCAGAGAAUACCGCAUGUUGGUCCAUAGGGUGGAGCAAGUUGGUCAAUGACACCUCAUCGACCUGCACACCUGCAAUUUGGCAGAGAGGGUACCCAUUCUACCUCAGAGCUUUUUUGGUUUUUAGCCUCUUCACAGCAGAAUUUUGGCUGCCAGGGCAGCAGCUGGUUGUCAGGGGACACUUGUGUGGUUUAGAGCUACCUUCAGUUGUCAGGGGUACUUAAGUUUUGUUCAUCAGGGGCAACAGCUCAUCCAUAGCACACCCCCCUCCCAUUGGUAAUCAGCAGUUGAACACACAGCUGUCACACAGUGAACUGCUAGGUAUGCACACUGACUGCAUGGUGGUCCUCAAAGAGGAUCCCCACAAAUCAGAUUGAAUGCCCAGGAAGAGCAACAGCUGAAAAAGAUUUCUCCUGAUC